UUGUCGCAUUUCACGUUUCGGUUACCUUCUCAGCUCAGGCAAAAGAUGCUCAGUGCGCAUGCGUGUCUCAAGCUCUUUAAAUACCCCAAGUCAUCUGCCACAACAAAACAUUCCUCUGUCAGCCAAUUUACGACUGUAGCGUAGAGGCCCCUGCAUAUGCAGGCGCUGUACAUUUACUUUUAAAUUUUUCGGCAUGGAGCCCAGUGUUACAAUUUAGAACCUUCCCGAAAAUAGAAAAAAGUAGAACACGGUCAAGUCAGGGAACGGACAGGAGGGGGAAAAACACAAAAACAAAACAAAACAAAGAUGGCUGUGUAGCCAGAGAGACAAGUCCCAACAGAACUCUCUCUCCAGCUGUAGUCUCCGACAGGUUCUGUGCGUGGUCGUGGUCCAGUGGACAGACAGACAAGUCGAGAGCCAGCCGGUACCGGAGCAGCAGGCAGGGACGCGGGGGAGAGCAGCCGAACAGGGCCGCUGGCAGGGCACGUCGUUACCUGCUGUCGUUGCGAGUAACGGACAGCUGAGUGAGGCCGAGUUGUUUUUGUUCUGCCUGGGCUCAGGAAAAAGGACUGCUAGCCUCGCUGUAAGUCAUCUAAACUAGUCAAAAUUUGAUUUCCUUAGUAGCUACUAUAAAAUUUGGCUCAUGUUCGCUUUCUUUCUUAAGAAUUGGCUUGUUAAAAUCAACCUUCCUGUGUGCAGGGCUGUGUUCACAGUGAGCUCGCUUCUGACGCGUUAGCCUAGCUCACGUUAGCUCGACAGGUUGUUAGCUAACCCCGAGCUAACGUCCUAAUAUUUCUUUCGGCUCAGCCUGGUUCGGGCAGGUACAUAACAGGCAUUUUUCCAGACAGCCAUCGCCAAUGUCUUCGCUGGAAGAAAGAGACGUGGGCGUUGCGGUCGCUCCUAGCUCCUCCUCGGCCGGCCUGGGGGUCGGGGCCGUGGGGGCAGCGGUGGAGGCUGUCGCCGCGGUGGUGGCCAUGCAGGAGGAUGUCGGUAUACGGCGAGAGGGGCCCGAGUCUGACCCGGACGAGCCACCCAAAAAGAGGUUGAAAAUACCCGAAGGAGAGUCAGGGAAGCUGGAGGAGAGACUGUACUCAGUGCUGUGCUGCACCGUGUGCCUAGACUUGCCCAAGGCGUCUGUGUAUCAGUGUACCAAUGGACACCUGAUGUGUGCUGGCUGUUUCAUUCACCUCUUGGCCGAUUCUCGUCUCAAGGAGGAACAGGCCACGUGUCCCAACUGCAGGUGUGAGAUAAGCAAGAACCUGUGCUGUAGGAACCUCGCAGUGGAGAAGGCUGUCAGCGAGCUGCCGACAGAAUGUACCUUUUGCCUAAAGCAGUUCCCCCGCUCCAGCCUGGAGAGACACCAGAAGGAGGAGUGCCAAGACAGGGUGACGCAGUGCAAGUACAAGAGAAUCGGUUGCCCCUGGCAAGGCCCGUUUCACGAGCUGCCGGCGCACGAGAGCGAGUGCUCUCACCCAACCAAGACUGGCACAGAGUUGAUGGGAAUACUGGGGGAGAUGGACCAGAACCACCGCAGAGACAUGCAGCUGUACAACAGCAUCUUCAGCCUGCUGUGCUACGAGAAGAUCGGCUUCACAGAGGUGCAGUUCAGACCGUAUCGCACAGACGACUUCAUCACUCGCCUGUACUACGAAACGCCACGUUUCACUGUUCUCAACCAGACGUGGGUGCUGAAGGCCCGAGUCAACGACUCGGAGCGUAAUCCCAAUCUGUCCUGCAAGCGGACGCUCUCCUUCCAGCUCAUCCUCAAGAGCAAGGUGAACUCUGCCCUGGAGUGCUCCUUCCUGCUGCUGAAGGGGCCGUACGACGACGUGCGGAUCAAGCCGGUCAUCUACCACCACUCCUUCAGCAACGACACCAACGAGACCGAAUACGUCCCUCUGCCCAUCUCCGACUCGGUGGAGUGCAACAAACUGCUGGCCGCCAAAAACAUCAACCUGCGCCUGUUCAUCUUCCAAGUCCAAAAAUAAAGACCUCUAGAGGAGGAAGGCGAGGAGGGGGAGGAGUGAUGGAACGGAUGAAGGAGUGCAUUGAUUGAAGGCCAGCGUCAAAGAGAAGACGUGAUAAUUAAAGAGAGACGCCACUGAACCAUUGAUACCUCUUAACACACGCACACACACACACACACGCUAAUCACAACACGCAUAAUAACGCUGUUUUUACACAAUAGUGAGCUGGUUUCCUCCAGAAAGCUGUGAGUUGCUGUGAAGACGAGACUGGAGGGAUGAAACCUGGGGAAUUGGAGGAUGGAAGCGGCGGCGGUGGGCGUGUGGUACCUGUGGUACGUGACAGACGAUUCGCUUCGGACGCCCGCAGACGAAGGAGCGCGCGUGUGUGUGUGCGCGCCUUGUUGAAUGUUUGCGAACAAAAAGAAAAGAAGGAAAAAAAACCAACCAACCAAGAUGAAGCGACGAUCCACAGCGUGCGUUCGGAUGUCUGCUGGCACGUGGACACGACCCAAAGACGGGCGAUGAUGUGAAAAUAGAGUGACUGACUCUGCUCAGCUGUUAUUUGGAGGUGUGAAUGAGGGUCGAAGGGGGCAGAUGUGUGUUUUAUCUCCCCGCCUUCCUCUGCACACCAGGUUUUUUAUUUUUUAUUUUUUCUCCCUUUCAACACCUUCCCUGUCGUUUUGGCAUCUGCUAAGCGACUGCAGCGCUGCACCGUCGCCACCCCUUCCUUCCACCCUUCAAGGGGAGAGACGGCAGCGCAGCGUUUUAGUUCCUCCUUAUUCCUCCUGCAGUGGUUACACUAACAGCCUCUUCUGUUCUCUUAGCCCUGAAUAUUUAAGUAUCUGUGAUUAUUAUUUUUUUCUUCUUGAUUGAAUGUUGAGUUUGUGAGUGUGUGUGUGUGUGGGUGUGGGUGUGUGUGGGUGUGGGUGUGUGUGUGGGUGUGUGUGCGUGGGUGUGUGUGUGAAUGUGUGCGUGUGUGUCAACAGAUCACAGCUGUGACGUUGUGCAGGAUGGAACCAGCCAGGCUGGACCACAACCAAAACAUUCAGGGGCUUCACUGUGUCACUUGCUUUCUGGUAACUGAACAGGCUGUGUGUUUAUAUUUAUUUCAGCUGUUUUACAUGAAGCAUUUUACUUUUUUUUUUUUCUUCUUUUUUUUAAAAAAAUGCUUUCUUAGCAAUUACUUUUUUAAAAGCUGUUUUUGAUUUUUGUUUUUAACACCUUUGAGGAAAUCAAAGCUAGUUUAAUCGCUCCUUGGAUAACAAAUUUUUAUCUAAUUAUGUUAAUCUAGCUUUUUUGUGAUUUGUGUUUUUUUUUUUUUUUUUUUGUGUCCUCCUAAAUUUAAUAUGGUUUUUACCACAAAGUAACUGAACCACAGAAGAAGAGUUUGGAUGAAGCAGUGCGUAUGGGUGCGGUGGGAUGGUUCCAGAGGCGUUUGACCUGACUACAGACUCAUCUUGAUGUUAGACAGACCUGAACGAAGCGAGAUGAUGUUACUCAUGUAGAUUCUACUGUAAAAGCAGGCAGAUCUCUCUCCUCCCGACCUCUGCUUCCUGUAUUUCUGUGUUUUUGAUGCUUCGUCUCUAUGCCGGUGGACUCACUCAUCUCACUUUGGCUGUACAUGUGCCUUUUAUUAAAGAUGAUGGAACCUGCA